GACAUAAGAAAGAAUAUUAGGACGGUAGUCUACUACUCUAAUUUAAGAUUUAUCGCGGUCGGACAGCAAUUAUGAUAAAAUUCUGUAUAUUGGAAACAUCUCUAGGUGGGACUGUGAAUAUAUCUCAUUGUUCAGAAAUCAAAUUCUUAAAAUCAGGACAGAAUGACGGAGAGGAAAUAAAAUUAAACUGGUUCUUUAUUUUUUAUUACAGGACAAAACUUGUAUUAACAAUAAUGUUCUCUACAAAAAUAUUUUUUUGAUUAGCUGAAACUUAUAAUUAUAUGUCUAUUUAUUACGUUACUAGGUACCUAUAUAGGUUAGGAGCCUAGCUAUUACUGAACGUAUCACAAGCUGUCACGUUUGUCACAAUCAGCUGGUCCUAAUCCUAAAAAUAUACAAUUGUAAAUGUUUAUGUUUUUACCAAACCUAAAAUAUGAAUUCACGUAAUAUAUUCCGCUUGUCUAAUAAACUGCCUUCACUUUUUCGAAGGGGGUAUGGAUAUAAAGUAGUUAAACGGCCUGAUCCGAGCACCCUAAAAAUGCCAGUGCCGGGAUCGGCGCCGAAACUCAUGGAUAUUAUAAAAGAAAAAAUAAAACUUAAUGGCCCGCUAACUGUAGCAGAAUACAUGCACAUUGUUACUACAAAUCCCACAGAAGGCUAUUAUAUGAAGAAAGAAGUUAUAGGUGAAAUGGGGGAUUUCAUAACAUCACCAGAAAUAAGUCAAUUAUUUGGUGAGAUGGUUGCCGUUUGGUUUUAUUCUGAAACGCAGAAAAUGGGUCCCGGUAAACCGCUUCAGAUCGUUGAACUUGGGCCAGGAAAGGGCACGUUGAUGUUUGAUCUUCUAAGGGUGCUGCAUCGCUUUGGAUACCAACCUAAAGAUCUCAGUUUGCACUUAGUAGAGAUUUCAGAGACCAUGCAGAAUGUUCAGGCCAACAGACUCUGUAUAUCCCAUAGGUCCACUGAUUUAAAACUACCCUAUAAUUAUGAGGGGGAGACAGCAAGUGGCAUCAAGGUGUACUGGUACAAUGACCUGAAGAAAGUUCCCAACAAUUUCUCUUGGUUCAUAGCACAUGAGUUUUUCGAUGUGCUACCUAUUCAUAAAUUUGAAAAAACAGAAAAUGGUUGGAGGGAGAUCCUUAUAGAUUUGGACUCUGCUGGUAAACUCCGUUAUAGAAUCUCGGCUGAAGAGACCAAAUCUGUUAAAACACUCAUUAGGCCCCCGUUGGAUAUAUGGAGACAGAAAUGGUUGGAAAUCAGUGGACUCUGGAGUCUGGGUGAAUCGCAAAGUUAAAAACUAGCACAGAGGGUGGACGAAUUUGGUGGCAUAGCUUUAAUAGCCGAUUAUGGACAUGAAGGAGAGAAGGGUGAUACAUUCAGGGCAUUCCACAAGCACAAAGUAGUGGAUCCACUCGAAUCACCAGGAGCCAACGAUCUCACGGCCGAUGUGGACUUUGCCCAGCUUCGUAUAGCCGCUGCAAAGUCGCCAGGAGCGGAGAAUUACGCCAUCGUAUUGGGACCGGUGAAACAAAAAGACUUCCUGGAGAGAUCACAGGCCGAAGUCAGAUUGCAAGUAUUAAUAGACAACGCUAAAACAGAAGAAGAUAAAGAAAAAUUGAAGAGCGCUUAUAAAAUGCUUGUGGACCCCGCGAAAAUGGGCGAACGAUUUAAAUUUAUGGCAUUUUUUCCUUCGUCGAUGGAACAAAUACUGGACAGAUAUCCACCUCUUGGUUUCUCGACACCUAAAUCGUGAUAUUAUUGUUUCUAAACUUUGUAUUUUAGGUAUUUAACUAUUUUAUGUUGUUAUUGUAAAUAUUUUGUUCAAUUAAAUAGUUUUAUGACGUUA